AUCAAUCAUGCCGCCAAUUUAUCUCAAUCAGAAAACUUAUGAGUUGCAUCCCAUGCACCAAGUAGCAGAACACAUUGAUCCUCAAAUUAUUCGGACCGUGCUUUCUUACGGAUUGCUCAGUCGGGACUACAGGGACUGGAACAAUAAUGGACAACCUGACAGCAAUGCAGAUGAGGAUGGAGGUGGCGGGUAUUGGGAUCAACACCUAACUGGCGGCCAGAUUGCCGGCAUCGUCCUUGGCAGUUUCUUCACACUUCUCAUCAUCCUCAGCAUCCUCUACUGUGCGUGGCUGAGUGUCUCGCCUGCAACACCCCCCAAGGUUAAGGUCGCGGUCUUGUUCGUCGUCGUCGUCGUCACCUUGUUCGUCACCUUGUUCUUCCUCCGACCGUUAUCCAUCGAUUCCAUCAAGAUAUUACCGGUACCAGACCGCUUCCAGGGCGAGGCGAGGGAGUAUGGUGCCGCAGUGGCUAGGAUUGCAGCCCCUAGCGCGGCAAUACUAUACUUAGGAAACUUGCAGAUUAUAAGUUCGCGGAAUAGCCCGACUUUUGCGCUGAAUUUACUAAGCUUUAUACUAUCCUCGACUACGACUCCCGCUCUAAAGUAUCUUAGCUCUAGCAGAAGUGUCUAG